CGCAAUCCAGACGUAAGAUAGAGGGUUGAACGAACUCGUCCCCAACAAACAAGUCGGACCAGAUUUUCACAACCUCGUAUACUCAACCUCGUAUACGCAUUUCUGGUCGGACCAGAUUUUCUACCUAAAUCGCUGCCCCAGUGGGCCUUCUCUUCCCGCAUUUAUCACGUUCCCGAAUUGAAGAAUACUCAGAGCGAGUCAGAACCGAAGAAGGGGAGUAAGCGGUGUCAGAGAUGGCUCUCAUCCGGCAUUGCCCAUUCCCAUUUUCUGCACUUUCUGCAGUUGGGCCGUCUCAGAGUGGAACGAAUCUCCUCUCCAUCAAGACGAGUUUCAGAUAUGAUCAAAACCCGAAUUUACUUCAGCCCAAUUCCCAGAUUAGGAGGUGCUCUGCUGUUCUUUCUCCCCCGCUCAAUUCUCCUAAGAAUCCUCCAUCCCUGUCUACUUUUAGUCAGUUGAUUGAGGAUUUAAUAAGUGGGAAGGACUUGACUGAAUCUGAAGCUGAAGAAUCUCUUGAGUUCCUGUUGGGUGGUGCAGAUGAGACACUGAUUAGUGCCUUUCUGGUUCUCUUGAGGGCUAAAGGAGAAACCUAUGAAGAAGUAGUUGGGAUGGCAAGAGCUAUGAUUAAGCAAUGCAGAAGAGUUGAAGGAUUAGAAGAUGCAGUUGACAUUGUCGGCACCGGAGGCGAUGGUGCAAACACUGUUAACAUCUCAACUGGUGCUUCCAUUCUUGCUGCUGCCUGUGGUGCCAAAGUUGCAAAGCAAGGAAAUAGGUCCAGUUCAUCUGCCUGCGGAAGUGCUGAUGUACUAGAAGCACUAGGUGUUGCUAUCAAGCUAGACCCCGAGGGGGUGAAGAAGUGUGUAAAUGAGGCAGGAAUUGGUUUUAUGAUGUCACCCAUCUUCCACCCUGCAAUGAAGAUUGUUAGUCCUGUCAGGAAAAAACUAAAAGUGAAGACCAUAUUUAAUAUCCUGGGCCCUUUGUUAAAUCCAGCCAGAGUUCCUUUUGCUGUUAUUGGUGUCAACAAACAAGACCUUGUCCACAAAAUGGCAAAGGCAGUACAACGCUUCGGUAUGAAAAGAGCAUUGGUUGUUCACUCAGAAGGCCUAGAUGAGAUGAGUCCUCUCGGUCCGGGCUUAAUCCUUGAUGUUACCCCUUCUAAGAUUGAGCAAUUCCCGUUCGAUCCAUUGGACUUUGGCAUUCCUCGCUGCACUCUUGAGAGCUUGACAGGUGGACCCCCGGACUACAAUGCUGCGACACUAAGGCGAGUCCUGUCUGGCGGCAAAAGUGGUCCCAUUGGCGACGCGUUGGCAUUAAAUGCAGCAGGAGCUCUGUUUGUGAGUGGAGUUGUGGACAGUUUGGGUGAAGGAGUGAGUCUUGCCAGGGAAACACUACUUUCUGGGAAAGCUGUGGAUGCCCUCCACCUUUGGAUUCAAGUUUCAAAUAAUGCUAGAGAACCGUCACUUCUCGUGAGUCGAAGCACGGGGUCGACCAGUGCAAUGUUAAUGGGGAACUAUUAUACUCAGAAAAAAAUGCAUUGAUAUGGCUUGUGUUUUUAUUUUACCCUUGGGAUUACAACACUUGAGAGAAUAAAAGCAGUGAGGUUACUAUUACUAGGCUUGAUAUUUUUGAGGCCUUUUUGUUGUAGUAGUACAAAUUAUAGAGAAACUGUAAUUCUAGAGAAACAUCAUUAUAACAUUUAUACUACCAUUAUUUACAGUAUUUUGGCUUACACCCCAUUGUUUUUUACACUUUACAUACUAAGCUCGUCUAUGAAAUGAGAAAAAAUGAAUGAUGUAAAUUUGG